GUUGGCUGGGCUGCUCGAGGCUUGGCGCCCAGAAUCGGGAGAGGAGUUGCGGGAGAAGGGGAGCGUCCUGCAGCUGGGCCGGGAGGGAGGCUGGAGGGCGGCGCGGCGCCUCGCGCCGGUUUCCCCUCGCGGCCCGCCUGGCAGCGUGGUCGGGGGUGGGAGCUCCGGGAGCUGGGCAAGAGCCCGAUGGCCUGAGGGGCGCCGGGGUUUCCAAAGUUGUCUGUAUUUAUUUUUUGCAACUUUAUUGAGGAUUCGUUGGCGUACCGUGCAAUUCACCCCGCUUAAGCAUAUAACUCAGUGCUGUUAGGAAUAUUGGCGUACAUCUCCAUCAUCUUGGGAACCGGCUGACAGUUUUCCAAAUUGGCCUGCGUACCGUUUUCCAAUCCCCCGUGACAGUGUAUGAGCCAAUUUCUUCACAUCCUCGCCCACAUUUGUUCUCUGUAGUUUGGAUUAUAGGCAUUCCAGUGGCUGUGAAGGGAGACCUGGUGGUUUUCGAUUUGCGUUUGCCCAGUGGCUAGUGACGUUGAAUGUCUUUUGCAUGUGUUUGUUGGCCAUUCGAAUGUUUGUUUGUUUUUUUCAGUAUCCGUUCAUAUCAUUUGCCCAUUGGUUUAUUAUUUUUAAUUGGGUGUUUUGAAAAUGUAUCUGUUUUAGUUGAGGUAAAAUGGACCGAACGCAAAAUUUGCCAUUUUAACCAUUAUUGAUUUAUUUUUAAACCUAGGGGAACUUUCAGAAGAACUGGAUGCGGGGGAAACCCGGCCUGGUGAUCAGGCUUUCCCUCUGACCCACAGGAUGGCGGGGACCAAGUCCUCUCCUGAGCCUCAGUUACAAAAAUAUUUAUAAAGGUAGCUGUCGAUGUGCCAGUGGUCUCCACUUCCCCUUUACUGGGUGGUUCCAGCUCAAAGCUCAGUUAAUGCAGAAUGGCUUACAUAAGAAGAGCCGGCCAUCCCGUGCACAACAUUUUUGGUGAUUUUAGUGACAUUUCCUUAGAAGAUUCAAAAAUGGAAGAAAUCAGAAACUUGAAAAUCAGUAGAAGUCUUACCAAAAUAGCUCCUGGUCAUAGCAGAUUUCUAAAAGGAAACCAAACCAUGGGUGUAGGACACUCACUCCUGAAAGACAAGGCUGUUGUCGAGGGUUGGCGCAGCCUGUCCUCGGGCAGACCCCCGAUCACUGCCUCGAAGCUCAGGGCCAGCGCUGCACUCACGAAGCUGGCUCAAAUAGAAACCAGGAUCAUGAAUCGGAAGGCUCAGAUGGAUUUGUCUGACACGGAAUCUGACCUGAAGACCUCUGAGGACAGUCUUCCAAGGAGUGCAGACAUGGUCCUUCCCAGGAGUACAGCCAAACUUUCUCCACCCAGCCUGGAUAAAACCUCCCAGAAACAAGCCCAGGAAAUUCCUGUGGCUGAGAGCAGCACUCGGACUGGGAAGGGCAGUAGAUUUCUAAAGAGGAGGGAACCACGCAUUGAAAGUAUCAUCCCUGAGGCACAUUUUGGAAAAGAGAGGAAUUUCCAAACACCCGAAGAGAAAAAACCUACCAGAAAACUAGAUUCUCCAGACAGCGAUGAGGAGGAAAUGAAAAAGUUGCUGGGAAGCUUGAUAGAAUCUUCUAGAGAAAAAGAAACAUACAUGAAUCAGCGUUUCAUCAGCCCCAAAGCCCAUGAGAAAGAACAGACUAAAGUACUCUCGGAUCAGAUCCUAACUCAGCCAAGAAUCCUUUCACUACCCAGUGAGGAACUUUCCAGCCCAAAGUCCUUUCGGAUAUCACGUCUGCCAGCCUCACAGUCCACAGACAGGACCCUUCGCAGCACGCGCUCAAGAGCUCGCUCCCCACGGACUCACACUUCAGAGGAUACAGCCGCCCGCACAGCGUCGCUUCCCAUCACUGGCACCUCUCCACAGUCAGCCUCAACGCGGCUUGGCAAGCUCUCCUCUCCCGGAAGGAGUGAGGCUGGGCCUCAUGAUGAGUCGCCCUCAGAAGCUGCCGAUGACAGCCUGAACGAUUUUAGAAUCAAUCUGUUGUCCCUUGAUGACCUGGCUCCAGCUGUCAGCGAGAACUCAGACCUGGAACAGAGAAAAGAAGGCCAGCUGGAAAAGGCCUUCAGCCCACGCCCCCAGGCAGGGGGUCCCCCCACUGGCAGUGAGGUCUCAGAGUGCGUGACUGAGCCAUCCGCCGCCUCCGCCAGGCCCGACGGUGCUCCUAGCCCGAGGCCGACGUCCCAAGAGCCCAUGGCGAGCACAGUGAGCUCAGCUUACUCCGAAGAUUUUGAAACAUCCCCAGAUCCAACGGCAUCCGAGUCGAGGGCCCAUCCUGAGGAGUCUCCCGACAGGAUGCUGAACACUUCGUCAGAAUUCUCUGCAAGCCUGCACACAGACCUUCCCCUGCCGACCGUCAAGCCUUGGAAAAAGCAGGUCAGGGACGUUACCAGAGUUGUGGUGAGAGAGAUGGCCGUGCAGACCCUCGAUCCUGCCUUCACCUACCAGUGGGCAGAGGGGGCCGGCGUGGCGGCCAUCGGGCCAGCCCUGGGAGGUGCCUACGUGGAUCCUGUGCCCGUUGCCAGUCAUGUCAUCAGUGCGGACUCGAUAGAAGCCCUGACAGCUUACAGCCCGGCCGUGUUGGCGCUCCACGACAUGCUGAAGCAGCAGCUGAGCCUGACGCAGCAGUUCCUGGAGGCCAGCCGCCACCUGCACGGCUCCCUCGUGCGGUCCCUGGAUCAGGACUCGUUCCACUACCACACCCUGGAGGAAACCAAGCAGUACCUCAGGCGGCAUAGGCCUGCCCCGCUGUCCAUGGAGGACGCCCUGGAGGAGGUGAAGAAGGAGCUGAGUACCACGAGGUGAUGGUGGCAGGAGCAGGCGGCACCAAGACUCCCCUGAGUGGCAUCCCGGGUCCAGCCUUUCGGAGCGGAGUGGUUCUCCCCCAGCCCCCACCUCCUUGCUGUGCCCGGUGCCCCGCCCGAGGGGACACACAAGCCAGCGGAAACGGAACCCUGGGUGGCGCUGUCACCAGCCACAGCAGGAUGUAGGACGGCUGUCUGUGGAGCCCCGCGCAGCAGCCGUGGGGGCCAGGUGCUGGCUUCCUGAUGAGCUGAGGCAGACGGGAGG